AUGGGAAACAACAGUUCCCACAAAAGGACCAAAGCACCCAAACAGGCCCGCAAGGAGAGGCCACCUGACGUGGACAAGGCCAGGUGGAAACAGUUCUUCAGUCACUUCAAGCGGAAGAAGAAGAGUACCAAGAUCGUGCUGCUUUUCCCCGUGUACAAGAGGCAGCAGCAGGCCGAGGCUGGGCGGCCGGCUGAGGACGCGCCGGGCGCCGCGGGGGUGCCGCCAGAGGCGCCCAUGCUGCGCGGAGCGGGCGACGGCGCGGGGCGGCGCGAGAGCGCGCGCGCGCCCGAGAUGAAGAGGAUUCUGGUGCUGCUGCUGCUGCUGCUAGACGCGCGGCUGCAAGAGGAGGGGCGCUGCGCGGGGGACCAGCCCCGCCAGUGGCGCCGCUGCCCUCGCCCGCGGCCCUGA